UCUCCCGAACCGAGCCCAAGGAACGCGAAGCAAACCAAACCCGGAAGGCCGGAACCCGAGCAAGGGCAAAACCCCACCUCUCUCUCCCGGCGGCGGCGGCGGCGACGAUGGCGAUGGAGUCGGUGGAGACGCUGGUGGCGCACGUCCAGGCGCUGUCGGGGAGCGGGGAGGACCUGGCGCAGCUCCACAGCCUGCUCCGGAAGGCGGAGGGCGACGUGCUGCGCGGCGCCCACACCGCCGGCCUCUUCCCGUUCCUCUCCCAGCUCAGCCCCGCCGCGCACUCCCUCGGCUACCUCUACCUCCUGGACGCUUUCGUGUCGUCGCCUGCUAAUGUCAGGGGCCACGACGCCGGCUGGGACCUCCUUGUCACCAUCGCCGACUUCCUCACCUCCUGCUCCGCCAGCCAGAUUCGCCUGGCACCCGACAAAUUUCUGAACGUGUGCAGGGUCCUCAAGAACGAGGUGAUGCUGCUCAACGCGCCGAUCAGAGGGAUCGCGCCGCUGCGUGCGGCCGUGCGCAAGGUCCAGGUGUCGUCGGAGCAGCUGACACCGCUCCACCCGGAGUACCUCCUCCUCUGCCUGCUGGCAAAGCAGUACAAGGCUGGCCUCAGCGUCCUGGAAGAUGAUAUAUUCCAAGUUGAUCAGCCAAGGGACUUGUUCCUCUACUGCUACUAUGGGGGUAUGAUAUACAUCGGGAUAAAGAAGUUCCAUAAAUCGUUGGAGCUUCUUCACAAUGCUGUUACUGCCCCAAUGUCAUCCCUGAACGCAAUUACUGUAGAGGCUUACAAGAAGUAUGUUCUAAUUUCGCUCAUUCAUAACGGACAGGUUCCAUCUUUCCCUAAGUACACAUCUGCGACUGUUCAAAGGAAUCUGAAGAAUCACACUCAGGUUUACGUUGAUCUGUCUACAUGCUAUGGCAAUGGAAACUACUCUGAAUUGGAGACAUUCAUCCAGUCAAAUGCAGAGAAGUUUCAAUCUGAUAACAACUUUGGACUCGUGAAGCAAGUGCUCUCCUCAAUGUACAAGCGAAACAUCCAGAGGCUGACCCAGACCUACCUAACUCUCUCACUUGAAGAUAUUGCCAGCUCUGUUCAACUUAACACCCCGAAAGAAGCUGAGAUGCACGUACUUAGGAUGAUCGAAGAUGGUGAGAUCCAUGCAACGAUAAACCAGAAGGAUGGCAUGGUCAGCUUUAACGAAGAUCCUGAGCAAUAUAAAAGUAGUGAGAUGGUGGAGCAUAUUGACUCGUCUAUUCAAAGGUUGAUGGCUUUGUCUAAGAAGCUGACUUCAAUUGAUGAGAACAUCUCAUGCGAUCAUGCAUAUCUGGCGAAGACUGGAAAGGAACGUGGAAGAUUCGACUACGAUGACUUCGACUCAGUUCCGCACAAAUAUUUUUGAGACGGCCCGUGCCUUAGUUGACUCGAGACUACUGCUGCCUUCAUGCUAGCUGUUUCCUGAGUUAUUAUCUGUUUGAUCGGUAUAUUCCAGCCAUCAAAAUUUGAACCCUGUAAAUUCUGGCUUUAAAGGAUGGUUGCUUUUUGGCUUCAGAGAUAAUCUGGUAAAGCUUUUAGAGUUCCUUGUGCUGUUCGUCCUUGCGAGAGAGACGUUUGAAUCAAUUUUAGGAAAUGGCUUGUGUGGUGUUUUGGGUCA